AGAAGUUGUAGAAGAGUUUUUCAUGCACAAACAUGCCAAGAAAUACUUGGAUUUGAAAGUUCGAUUGAUUGAUUCCCAAGAGUCUACAUUCCAUCUGUUAUUGAAAUACUGCCCGCAAGUCCCGCCGAAAUUCAUUCUCAAACGAAAAGAUGUAGAUAAAGACGUAGUCAAUGCCAAGGACAAUUUGGGAACCUCGGCGUUAAUGAAGGCGUUGUGGGAUAAGAGAUCAUCGACGGUGGAAAAGAUCUUGGCCAGCAAAAAUAUAAGAGAAAACAAGUUGCUGGACCUGCAAGAAGUGGAUAAAACUGGGCGUUCGAUUCUGCAUCUCCUCAUUGACAAUAAUGAUCUGGUCAAUUUUCAAAGUCUUGUCGACCGAGACGAGCUCACCAAAGAGAUUGCCAACCGGCCUAAUCCGCAAGGACAAACCCCAAUCAGUCUGUGCUUGAAGAAAAAGCUUGUCCCGUUUCUGGAAGCCAUUUUUGAUUCCUCCACUGGGAUAAACAAAUUCCAUAUCAACGUGGUCCAAGAUGGCUCCUCCGUGAUCCAUGUGGUGGCUACCAUAGGGAGUCUCAAUCUAUGGUUAAGGGCUUUGGCCAAGUGUGACGUGAAUACAAUUGACGAGCUUGGAAACACGGCCUUAAUGAAAGCAGCGCAAUGUGGCCAUGACUACUUGGUGGAUUCGGCUCUUCAAAUCGCUGGGGAUCGAAUCAAUCCUGAAAUGAGGAACAAAGAUGGGAACACUCUUCUCCUGAUGGCCAUUCAAAACUUUGACAUUGAUAUUGUCAAGGCCUUAAUUCAAGGUCGUGAUCAUAAGAAAGCCAUCAAUUUGGCCAACAACGAAUCGAUGAGCCCUUUAGUGUUGGCUGCGUCGUUGAACAAGUGGGCGUUGAUGAGGUUUCUCUUGGAGAGUGAUCACCUUAAGGACGAAAAAGGGAACGGAGUUGUUGAUGUCCACGUAAAAGACAAAGCUGGGCAGACACCAUUGGUACUAGUAUUACUAACGAGGAUCAAACUUCACCGAAUGGAACAAUCCUUCUUGAUGAAAGGGGAAAAAGAAACGGCCAAAGACAUUCGCUUGGAAUUUGACAAUCUGUGGGAGAUCGUCAAGCUCAUUCUCGAACGAGAAAAGGAAAUCCACGGACCUACCAUGAUGCAAGGAAGAGAUGGCGGCUCCGAGACUCUGAAGAAACAGAUGAAUGUCAACAAAACCAUCCAGAUAUCCAUUCAACAAGACGUUUGUCGAGAGUAUGCAAGGCUCUUUACCACCAUCAAGCCUAAGAAAAGCCUCGCGAAGCAAAUUUCAACGGGUAAACUCGAUCAGCCAAAUGCGGCAGAGGACAGAAAAGUGUCCCUAAAACCCGUGUUUAGGCAAAACCCUUUGAUCACGAGAGACGAUAUCAAGGGCAACGACCUUCAGAAGGGCAAGGAAAAGAAAGAGGUACCAACCAUCUCCUUAGACGACCUGAGAUCUCCGGAUGGCCUCCAAGAUGUGGUUAACAAGAUAACAAAGAAAAUGGAUGAGGAGAAAAGUAAAAUCGUCAAAAAUAAAAAGAAACUUGGAAGUAUUGGAAAGAAUGACUUACCAGACUCUACCACCGCACCAGAAUGUAAAGAAAAUGAGAAUUACCUGAAAGUUAACGCCAAUGCGGGCGAGAAUGGCAGCGAUGCUUCUCGCGAGUGGUCACCUACACCUGUUCCAAGAAUGAGGCGAACUUCCAGUUUUAGGAAGAAGCCAAUGCACGUCGAAGACAUGAAACCGCCUAUUCCAUCCGGCCCAAGUCCACCGCCCCCACCUGAGCCCGAUAAUCCCAAUGAGUCCAAAUUUAAGUUCCCCGACCCCAAACCUAAUGCAACUCCCAAGAGAAACGACGUCAAGAGCUUUGUGGAGGACUCAAAAUCACUUAUCAAUCUUCCCAUGGGCUUGGACUCCAAGGAUCUGAAGAAAAGCCGCUCAGGCAACGCGCUCAACAGAAAACAGACCAAAAGCAUGGUUGAGCCUUUGGCCAAUGGACGUGAAGAGGAGAGCAAGACAGGGGUGGAUCUCACCGUAUUCCAGAAAAAGCCCGCAAAGAUUUCGACCAUUUCUGGGGUGGAAACUCGUGAAGCCUUCACACAAACUGAUAACCUGAUGGAGCCAAAAACUCUUGGCGUUCAGGCUUGCUGCUGUCAGUGUCAUGAGACCAAGCCGAGACCAAAGUCCAAUGAGAUUGGAAAGAAUAACAAUGCCUUCAGGAGAUACUCAAAACUUUGAUUCGAGUAGCAUAUUUAUUGAUUUUAUAAAAUAAAAGAAUGCCAUUU